AUGACAUCAAGAUUUGACAACAAGUUGGAAUCAGUCGACUUCAAGAAUGCCGAAGAAAAUGUGGAAGAAGUCACCAUCGCUCGUUGUGGUGUAGCUAGAUAUGGUAUCGAUUGGGCCAUCAUUUCAAGAAUCAACGCCUUCAAACCCUGGCACGCAUACUUUGGAUUCGGCACAAGCGGUGUGACUUAUGGUACAUUGAACGCUUUGAUGACAAUCGGAACUGUGUGUGGUGCCCCAUUCCUGGCAUUUUCUGAUGUCAUUGGAAGACGAGACAUCAACUUCGCGGGGAAGCUCAUUGUGCUUUUCGCAUCUCUUCUAGAUGAGAAGGAAAAGGCCAAGCGAGUCAUUGCAAAGAUGAAGACCACAGAAGCCAACAAUGUGGAUCACCCCUUGGUAACCAUUAUCGCAGACCAGAUUGAAGAAUCCUUGCAGAACGAGAGACAAAACAAUCGUUCUUAUUGGGAUUAUCGAUGGAAUGGUGAUGGUAUUAUUGGGCAGUAUCUCGUGCCUGCCCUUGACACAGUCAGAACAACUGGAACUACCGAGCAAUUGGGAAUGAACUUUGGCCUUAAUGCGACGUAUCUUGUGUUUACUGUGUGCGGUUCCUUGAUCAUCUAUAAAUUCCGAAGAAGAACAUUGAUCUUUGCUGGACUGAUCAGUUUCAUUCUUUUACAGACUGCUGCUACAAUAACCUCGUGGCGAUAUCAAGUAACCGAAAGCAAAGUGGAUGCCGGACUCGUUGUCACCUGGCUCUUCUUAUUCCAAACAUGUUCAUCUUUGUUGAUUGCAACCAUGCACAACCUUUACCCUGUUGAGAUAUUAUCGCUUGAUAUGAGGGCGAAGGGGGUGGGUUUGUAUGCUUUUGUGCAGGGAGCAGCCGGAACCGUUCAGAAUUAUGGCAUCUCAAUUGGCAUUCAGAAAAUCGAAUACAAGAUUUGGGUUGUGUAUGUUGGGUACAACCUCAUACAGCUGGUUCUCUCAUAUUUUGUUUUCCCGGAGACGUCUGCGUUGAGUUUGGAGGAAAUUGAUAAUGUAUUUGAACCACCAGGCGUCAGACCGGUAAAGAUGUCCCUAGAUAUUCAGAAGGCCAUUUAG